UUCGUGCCUGGGAAAUGGUGCAGUUUAUCUUUAAGGAUGCUAGAAAAAUAAGAGAUGAGGCUCACGUUGCACGGAUGACAUCACUAGCUUUUGGCUGCGCGCUCCGUGUUCUCGUCUGUGGGUUUUAGCCAAGGCUGCAGCGCCCGGCGCCUGAGCGAGAGAGCGCGGCGGCGGCUUCCUCCGGCGCUCGCAGCCGGGCGUUGCGAUUUCCCGAGCACCCCGGGCGCAGCCUGGGCUCUCGCUCCCCAGCAUUGGCCGGGCCCGCGAGGCCCCGGAGCCGCCGCGGCUAGAGGAGGAGGCAGGGAGGGGAAGCUCAGCGACCCAGCCUCCCUCCCCCACCCUCGCCCCAUUCACUUCGGCGGGCACCGCGCGCCAGGAGCCUGAUCGUGGGACGCCGAGACCGCGACGGGAUUCUCUGCACGCUGCCGAGUGAGCCGGCGCCUCGGCUCCUGGGUGGGCUGCGAAGAAAAUGGUGCAGUCUGAGAGCGGCUGACCCCAGUUGGGUAGAGCAGACAGCUACAGUGCCGGGCUCGGGUGGCGGGAGAAGGGGGCGGAUUGUUUUGAAGGGCCGGGGCCGCUGUUUUCCUCCGUGCCUACAGCAUUUUCUUUGCACCUGGGCAGCACGUUCCCGGGGCUACUUGGGAGCCAGAUGAAGUGAGGCAGAGGCGUCGCGGGAGAGGCGGGUCUGGAACCUGUCGGGUGGAUACUCAGGAAGAAGAGGGCGCUGGGGAGAUCGGCAUGACGCCCGGGGACUGGCUGCCCAGCUGGCGGUGAGCCCCGAUCGCGCGACCUGUCCAUGGUGUUGAAGGCACCUCGAGCCGAGCUCCGCGCGCCCCGCGCCCCGCGCCCUGCCGGGUGCACCCUCCUCUGCGCACCCAGCCCCUCGCACCCGUCAGCUGCCGCCCAGUCGUCCCGGGUCCCGGGCCAAGGCUCGUCCGGUAACGCCGUCCGAGUGACCGCACCGUCGGCCCGAGGGGCCUCCUGAAUGGCGAGGCCAGACGCAGACGACCCGGGAGCCCGCGCGGAGAGGUCGGCAGCGACCGUGUGCCCACGGGCUGCCCGCCUUUGAGCACAGCGCGCUGGCCCGGCAGAACAAGGGACCUGCUGGUGACCAGAGGACGGAGAUUUUAAAAAGACCAAACCCAGACUGGAAGAACAUUUCUUCGCUUGCAGACCGGAAGGGGGAGAGUCGCUGAGUGGGAGACCCAGGCGGGACUCAGGACAGCCGGCCCUGGCAUCUGGAGGUUUCCUUCGCUGGCCGGCCGCCGCGCGGGUGCUGGGGUUCAUCCGGUCGUCGCGCAGCUCCUCGUGAUAGCCUCCACCCCCUCACCCCAAGAUAAAGCCAGGCGAGUGGGUCCCCUCGCUACCCUGCACAAAGAAAGCCCGGCAGCCCCACGGCAGCCGAGGGCAAUUGGUGUUUAGUUUCUGGCCCCAGGGCAGCGGCACCCGAAGCCCGGCUGCGCGCCGACGCGGCCGGUUCGGGGCAGUCGCUUCCUGCGGGGCAGGGAGGGGGCGGGAGGCAGUCUUGUCCGCUCGCCGCCGCCCGAGGCUGCACCUGCCCCGGAGGAUGCCCAGGAGCCCGCCCGAGCCUCCCCGGAUCAGAACUUUUUAGGCUGCUCGUCCCCAUCCCUGCAGUCCCCGGGCCGCGCACCGGCAGGCGGGGGCGAGGGGGCGCCGCCGCGCGAGUCCCCCUCCGGUCCCCCUCCCCCUUGGCUCGGCCGCCCGCCGCUUUGUUCCGGGCGCGCGGAGGGAAGGCGAGGCUGCGGCGGAUCAUGCCCAUGGUGUAGCCGCCAAGCGGAGGCAUGGCUGCCGGAAGGUUACUGCUCUAUACGGGCCUCUCGCUAGCGCUCUGCGCCCUCGGCAUGCUGGCCGUGGCCAUCUGCUCGGACCACUGGUACGAGACGGACGCCAGGAAGCACAGGGACAGGUGCAAGGCCUUCAACACCCGCCGGGUCGACCCCGGCUUCAUUUACAACAACAACAACAACUUGCCGCUCCGGGCGAGCCGCUCGCGCCUGGACCGCUGGGAGGGCAAACUCCUCCGGGCCCGGAACCGCCGGCAGCUCUUCGCCAUGAGCCCGGUGGACGAGUGCAGCCGGCAGUACAACUCCACCAACAUGGGCCUUUGGAGGAAGUGCCACCGGCAGGGCUUCGACCCCGAGAUCGCAGCCCUUAUUCGGAAAGGAGAAAUUGAACGAUGCACGUACAUCAAAUACCACUACUCCUCAGCCACCAUCCCCAGGAACCUCACUUUCAACAUCACGAAGACCAUCCGUCAGGACGAGUGGCACGCCCUUCAUCUGCGCAGGAUGACAGCUGGCUUCAUGGGCAUGGCGGUGGCCAUCAUCCUCUUCGGCUGGAUCAUCGGCGUGCUGGGCUGCUGCUGGGACCGGGGCCUUAUGCAGUAUGUGGCAGGGCUUCUCUUCCUCAUGGGAGGAACCUUCUGCAUCAUUUCACUGUGCACCUGUGUGGCCGGAAUCAACUUCGAGCUGUCACGCUACCCGCGCUACCUGUAUGGACUCCCCGAUGACAUCAGCCACGGCUACGGAUGGUCCAUGUUCUGUGCGUGGGGGGGCCUGGGCCUCACACUCAUCUCGGGGUUCUUCUGUACCUUGGCCCCUUCUGUCCAACCUGUCCCGAGGACCAACUGCCCUAAAUCCAGACCCGAGAACGGGACAGUGUGCUAAAAAAAAAAACCCAUACCUAUAUAUAUAUAUAUAUAAAUAUAUAUAUAAUAUACAUAUAUAAAACAAAACUAACUCAAGAGGAUGCCAUCAGGCACCCACAUCUCGCCGGACUUUGUGUCACCUCAUCACCGGGAUGGGGAAAGCAUUCCCAUCACGUGGCUCUUCCAUCCCUUCUUGACUCUUGGCUCCAUGGUUUCUUGAAGACAGAAUGAACAUCACCCCCCUGUGAUAGCGUCCCAAUCCCCGUCCCCCACGAGGAUGGGGUGGUGGGCCGAGAAGGGACAUGUCGCCAGGGGUCCGAAGCAGCCCGGAUGUAGAGAAGGAGAUGCCGUCCAUCGGGCCAGCAGGGAGGCACCACCCCAGCACCGACCGCAUCGCAGAGAAAGAAAGCCCGUAGUUCAUAGAAGGUAACCAGAUCUUCGAGGCCAUGUGCAGAACCACUUCUCUGGAUCUUCCUGUUCGGAUUCCCUUCCUGGCCCACCAGCGACACACAAGAAGUGCAAGAGAAAACAGACCGAGAAGGACAUUUUCUCUUUGCUGCCAAACUUUCGGACCAAGUUCUAGAGGUGGGAAGGGGGCGAGAGCAACAUGCUGAGAGGCAAGGUCCUCGUCAAUAAAAGGACACUUCCGUGGAUGCUCAGAAAACCCAGUCUUACCCCCCAGCUGCCUUACACCAGUCAAACAAGAGGCCGCCCUGCCCCUGCCCCCCCGACCCCACCUUCCGUCCUGCACGGGCAGACUGGAGCCUUGGAGUAACGCUGUGAUGUGUGCGUGUGUGUGCGUGUGUGUGUGUGUGUGUGUGUGUGUGAUGACUUCUGGUGGUUUCCUUUUCUCCUUUGCACCUUUUAAAAUGGAAAUACUGCAUCAUGACUGUUGUCUCCAUCCUUUGUGGUGGUUUCGCGGCCUGGGGCGGAGGCCCGAGACCGAGGGAGUUAAAUAACGAAGGGGCAAGCCCACGCGGGGGCCCGUUCUGUAGUUUCAGAUCCCUGGAGUGUGUGCGUGUGAUGGACGUUCUCUGAGUGUGGGUUUUAGCGUUUGUGUUGCAUUUUUCUAUUAUUUGUUGUGUGCAGCUGAAAUUCCCCGAGGGCAGAACCGAGAACCAAGCCACUGGGUCUCAGAGGGCCCUGUGGUCCUUCACGUCAGAGUUCUGGGAUGCCGCAGGAUUUAGUCCUCUAAAUCUGGAAGUUCAAGACAAAGCUGGGCACAAAAGCCGUGAGAGAAGAGAGGGAGCACGGUGCAGGCGGGAGAAGGAACGUUUCCUCUGUGGCUGUCGUGUACAAGUAUGUAUACCAAACCAAACCAGACCUUCACUCGCCAUCGUGGAAGCUGUCCUUUGUCACUGGACAUCUACCCCUCUCCUAGGGGCGACCUCUGUACAGAUGAAAGGAAAUGGGUCACGUGCAGAGAGAGCAUCUCCAUGUCCCAUGGGCUCGAGUUUGUAUGAUAUUGUGUAAAUUAAUGGAGAACUCUCGACUCUUCCCAUCUUCUUCCUUUUCCUCUUGAUAUUCAAGGCCAUGCAUCCCCAAAUAGCCGUCUUAGUGGCUAGCCCCCAAGACAGGGGUGGCAGAAGUCCCACCCAGUGUCUCAGGCUCAUUUGAGCAAACCGGCCCUGCAGGUGCUGGCGAACCACAAAGCCAGCCAGAGUCAUGGAAGCUGUAGGGACGAGCGUCUGCUGGGAAGAGUGGGCAGGAGCCCCUGACAGUCCCCUCGGAGACCCCGCGGGGGCUGUGCAGCCCUGGGGAGGCCAAGAGUGAAUCCCCGAGCUGCACAGUCACGGGUCAGCCAUGUAGCUGAGAAAUCAGUUGCUUCAGAACUAAGUGUGCUUCGGGCACUUUGCCAACAACAGCUCAACAGCCUUCCUCUCCCUCCCGUGCAAGCACCUGUUUCAUCCACCUGUCUUCUGAUCUAUCUUCCUAUCAGUCCCACCUUUCCUCACCUGCUAACCACCUCUCCCCCUUCUAUCCACCAGGCUAGGAGUCCUACCUGUCUCCUCAUCUGCUGUGUGUGCGUGCGUGUGUGCGUGUAUGUAUGUGUGUGUAAUUCACAUCCAGAUAGGACAUCCCACGUGCAUGAGUGGCCUGAGUGUGGGUCUCUAUAUAUGUGUAGCUCUCCGGUGCAUUUUCUGUGUGUUUGUACCAAUAUAACCUGGACGUAGGUGUGGGUUUACUACUCAAGGCUUCCUUCCGGGCGGCGCUGGUCAGCUUCUGUAGAAGGUCUCCUGUGUGCGUGCCCCGUGUAUGGGUGUGCCGAGAGAGGGGGGUGGGCUAUGGAGCAGAAGAUGCUAUUACCUUCCGAUGGGGCUUCUAAGGAUUUUUAAAAUAAGGGAUUUAUUCUAUGAGAAGAGAAACCCUUUUCAGGAAAAGCCAGUUUUUCUAUUGUAUAUGAAAUUUUAAAACACUUUUUUUCUUGAAAGGUUAGAAUUCCCCCUUGGAGGCAUACAAGGGCUUGAGAACCAGUGAGAAGCAUCCCACACUGAGAGGCCUCGUAUCUUCCUUCCAUGUGUCUUGAGUGGGCUCUGCCCAGCAGGGAGAGACAGGUGUCCACCAGCAUCUGUUUGGGGACAGAGGGCUUGUCUGCGACCAGACCCAAACUCCAGCUGUUUCCCAGCAGGAAAACGGGGAAAGAAUUUCUAAAAGGAGCAACUUGCUGUCAUUCAAACUUUUCUUAAGUAGCCCUGUUUGAAGAUACUGCCUCACUGCCCUGUGACUAUUUAUACCUUCUUUUUUUAAUCCCAUGCUUGCCAUAAAUGGAUCAGCCACUCUUUCCAGCCCUCAUCUUUAUGAUCGACCCUUAAUACUGCUUAUUGUGCCCCUUCACAACCUUCCUGAAAUAUUAAGAGAUGCCUAAGAAAGAAGUCAACCACUUGGCUUAUGUCACCAUCAUGAGAGCAGGAGCCUUGAGCUACGGCUUUGAUAGUGAGGCCGGACAGGAACAGAUCCCCUCUGAGGUCUGAUUCUGCUUGGGGCCAGUGAGAGGCCUGAGCCAGUGGUCAGGAUGGAAGCCCCGUACAGAGGGCAAGUCCUUGCCCGGCUGAACUCGAUCCCUCCAACACGGGGAUCCAGGUUAAGACCUCCCCCCCCACACCUGAAGCAGUGGCCUGGCUGAGGAAGGAGGAAGGGAGUGGGGAGGGAGAAGGAAGAGGAGGCCUCUGCCAACUUCGCCUCAAAGUAGAACCCAACCCUUGGAUAGGAUUUAGGGUUAACAGCCUCAUUAAAGCCCCAGCCCUGACCUUGGGUCAAGUUCAAAUUCUUUACAGGUGUGCAUGCAAGGUCCCUGAUCUUGGAUGUAUUUUGAGCUCCAUGCGAGUCCGCCUUAAGCAUGGGGCUCAUUUCAGCUUUCAUUGCCUUCCUUACCCUAUGAGACUGGGGAUUUAGGAAAGUGGAAUGUCCACUUGGAAGGAGGUCCUAUUUCUUUCUCCCCGUUGUGGGAGCUUUGUUUCCUCCACAUUUCCUCUUCCUCUCCCUCCACUCAUUUCCACUUUCCUUCUGCAUUAACUUAAAAUAGCUGAUCAGUGCAGUGAAAAGAGUUCAGGCAUUUGUCUCCAGAGGGGCUCAUCCUCUCUUUCCAGGCAGCCCCCCUUCCUCAUCUGUUGUGGCUGUAGGCUCCAAAAGGAGGUCAGUAGCUUCCUGGCAUGGAAAUAUUACAAAUAAAAAAUUUAAAUGUGCCUCUUCCAGCUUCAAUCCUCCUGAAAGCCUCAGCCUUUGAAUAACUACAUCUUUUCAGCAUCAGGGAUCACAGAGUCAGGAAGACUCAGCAUCUCCACCAAAUCAGGACAUAGCCUUCCUUGAUCACCUGUCCAUAUGCAGCACCCUGAGCCCAUUCUGGCAUCUUCUCUUGUUGGGGGCAAGUGGUUCCACCUCACAGUGCUUGCCUCUCUUUUGAUGAGGGAAGACACAUUAUCCUGGAACUCUUGAGUACGGGCCCUACCUCGUAGCAGUCAUCCACAGUCAAGAGAAGAGGUCUACAGUGAACCAGCAUAGUUGCUCUGAUUGAAUGGGGGAUGAGAUUAGAUCCCUAAAACUGCCCACCUCAGUCAGACUGAAAUCAGGUACCUGGAGGUAUUGACUCUGGCUUAUUCUGGGAGCGUUAAUUAACUGAUUUUCAAGUGUCUGAGGGGAAAGAGUGGGAAGACAUACACUCUGUUCAUCUUUGCUGUGGUUUGUGCGGGUCGCUUGGUUGAUUCUCGCGGCUAAAGGGAAGCUGCCUUUCCUGAAAAUGUUCCUCCUGCUCAGGGGUCAACCAUCCCAGCGGACAAAUCAAGCCCUUUGAAGGGAGCUAUGAUGAGUCAUAGGGACAGGUGAUUUCCCCAUAUUUAGAAAUCACUGGUGCAUCCCAGCCGGGUUGCCUGCUCUGCUGUCUUCUAGGUGGUAUCCGACGGAGUAAGGGGACAGGCUUUUAAACAAGCCCACGGGAGUUGAUAGACACAAAAGCUUCUGGUGUCUCUCAAAGCAGUCAACUUGGUGGGCUGUAUCUGCACUCUUCCCAUUGAUGCCUCCAUGGUGCAAAAUAUUUCUUAAACAUUAUUAUUAGUCCCUAGAUGACAUUAUUAUUGGCUUUCGGAUUACUUUUUCUGAAUAAUAGAAAAUUAGAAAAAUUAAGUACAAAAUUAAAAAAAGACUAAAGGAUCGUAAUUCCAUCACUCAGGGGCAUCCUGAUGGUCAACAGCCCCAGCAACUUCCACAGUCAGUGGUUGUCUUGGGCUGGAAGUCGGGGCUAGGAGUGGAGUCCCAGACUGAAGAACCACACUGGUCUGCAUGGACUUGACCAUGACCCUGUGUUCAUAGCAGAAGGAGCACAGGGCUCUGAGUCCCCAAAGACCACAAAGAGACUUUUUGAAAAAAAAAGUCCAGUGCCAGAGCAUAGGGAUGGGCAGAAUAGAAUGAAGAGAUUCCUUGGGAUUUUUUUUUUUCAUUUUCUCCUUUUUUUUUUUUUUUUUUUUUGAGUGUUAUCUCAAUCUAAUUAUAGGUGUAAGAGCACAGAAGCCAGAGUAACUCACUAAGCUAUGCUCUAUAGCACAGCUACUGUAAAGUCCACGUCAGCUCUGCACUAAAAUGAUUGGUGACUCUGGGUGCUGGGUCUUCUCCAUACUUGAACUUCCUCAUCCACAAAAUGAGGAUAGUGAUAACACUUUACCUCAUGGUAUGUUAAGGGUGACAAAGAAAUUGCAAAGUGAUUUGCAAACAUGAUGUGUCACAUGAAUUCUCCACCAGUCAAAGGAUCCUGCAGCAGCAGAGGCCCUGGCCAUGUGGAACCUUCCGUGGGGUGUCUGGGCCUCACCGCUGAAAGGACAAGUGAGAGUGAGCAGUCACCUUGGCCGCCAAACAGGACUGUCCCUAUCCAGCUUCAGCACGUGGGAUUCUAUUCUAUCAUUCGGGUCCCUCACAGAGGUUGGCUCCUUAAUUUACCCAUCUCAGGCUUCCGUCCUUUGGUCCAAAGCCAGUUUUGCAAAGGGCACUCUUAAUCCUUCUUGAUUAUUCCCAGAGGUCAUGGCAUGAGUAAACCCUAUGAAGCAAAUAGCAUAUAUGAUCUAAAACAGUUAACUAUUAAACAAGGGUCCAUGCCUUUUUUUUUUUUUUCUUUCCCGCAAACACCGAUCUGUAGCUAUACGAGCCCUCCUAGGGGGAGCAGAUCAGGCUCGGAAACAUUUUAAUGGUCUUUUAAGUUUAAGAUGGGAGCACGUUUCAAAGAACUGGUAUCUUCUAUCUCUUGUCAGUUGGUGAAGCAGGUGGCUUCAUCAAAAGCAUCUGGGUUCUCUCAUAGGAAGUCCUUUGGGUGGUGCUUCACUAGGAGAUGUUCUGGGAGUAAUCCUGUUGGGGGAAAACUGAACCAUAGGUUCUAGACAAGAACAUAUUUCUAAAAGGGUCUGCAUGCUUUCUGCUUUGCCGAGGAUCCCGUUUCAAUGUGUCGAUGAGAACUUCUCUGAGGGAAGUCCAAGUCCUCACUCACUGUAGGGAUAGAGCCCGACCAGGAAUGGGGGGACUACCCAACUAUAGAAGGUGUGGUUGACUGUUGAAAAUGGACUGUAAGCAUGUGGGGUGCACAGCAGUAGCUCAGACCUGGCCUCACUUUGACAGAUGCUGACUUCAGCCAUCGCAAUCCCGUUCUUCAUUUCCAAGAAUGGGGCGUUGCUCCUUGGGGAGCUCUCUGUGUCCCCCUCUCCCAUCUCCCAUGAUUCCCUCUGGCCAAACCUUUCCCUUCCUUGGUCACCUGGAGACCCUGUUGAGCCUGAAUGUGUCAGUGUGUCUGUGUCGUUGUGGAUGUAAUGGUGCCUUUCCCGUAAGGAGCUCUCAUUAUUCAGACUCCUUUCCCACUUCCACCCAUGGUGUGACUGUUGUAGAUCCAAGACUAUGUGUAAAAAUGUACAAAUAAAAGUGAAAAAUGAAAAUAAGGGGGAGGGAAUUGAGGCUGAACAAAUGUAUUGAUGUAGCCCUCAGUUUUUGGAGGACUCACGCAGACUGCCCUAAAAUCCUGACUCCGGGUGGGAUUUGAAGGGAGGGAAGCUAUUGGCACAGGAGUUUGUUGUGUAUGUGUGUUACAUUUUUUUGUUUUAUUUUAUUUUUUUCUGAUUGUUUCUCUGACAGUCACUAGUGUCUGCCUCUGUUCUAAAGCUUUUUGCCUUUAAAGUAAAAAUAUAUUUUCCAGAAAGUAAAAGCAAGUCAUCAAAGUCUGAAGGGUAAAGGUCAUCGUGAAGGUCAACACAAAGACCUGAUCCUGGGUUCCUGUUCAGAGCUUUGUCACUGGCUCACUCGGAGCCUCAGGCGAGUCUCGUUACCUCACUGUCUCUCUGCAUCCUCUCAGCCAAACAGGGAGCAGGGGGCUCCCGGGGCUCCUGGGGACACCACAUCUCCUUGGCCAUUCUGCUGCUAUUCUUAGAGGCUUCAGCCCACGCAGGGGUGCACUUCCCACCUGAAGACCCAUUUGGAGAGUUGUACCCCCUGGACCUCUUGCCCCUCUCAUGCCUCAGAAAGUAACCUCAAGCUAUCAGCCAGUUUGUGCUCCAGUCCAAAGCCUUUGAUCUACUUUUUUGUUCUCAGAUGCCUUUUCCCACCCUCUUUGCCAUUCUCAUUUUACUGUCCUUACUGACAAUUUUGCCAGCUGGGGUAGGAGAAGAGUCUCAAGGGAGACAGUGCCUGUGCAUUACUUUUUCAUCUAUGACUCUCUCUACAGACAUGGCUUGCGGGGGUCAGAGACAGGGGGGCUGGCUAGGAGACGCCUCCAGAUCAGAAUGAAGCAAGCACCGGUGGGUGGUGGGGUAAGGGCAGUGGGCAGCGGGUGUGAGUUGCCUGUGAGGUAAGAUCGAGAAAACUCUUGGAAGGAGAAAUGGCAGAGGCACCAGAGCAUCCUCAGCCCAGCAGUGGAGACAGAUCCCCGAAAGGCAGGGUACCCUGAAGUAAGCGAAUGGGUAAUCCCAGAGCACAAGGAGCUGUCUCCCCUACGACUGAGAAGAUGAGAGACCCUAGGGGGGUGGGGCGAGGGGUUCGCACCAAGCUUUACCUAACCCUCCCAUCCAUGGCGCCUUCCAUCCAAACCUCCCUCCUUUCUGACAGUCCACAGUGAUCACCACUCACUCUGGGACUAGUUUCAGGAAGACAAUUUAGACCAGUGCUGUCCAACGAGAGAGAAUGUGAACCAUAUAUGCAAUUUUUAAUAUCCUAGUAGCCCCCCUUUUAAAGGUCUAGAUAAAACAGGUGAAAUUAAUUUUGGCACCUGUUUCAACCCAACAUAUCAAAAAUACUAUUUUAACAUGGAAUCAAUAUUUAAAAAAUCACCGAAAUAUUUCGCAUCCAUGGCCUUUUCAUGACGUCUUUGAAAUCCAAUAUGAGUUUUAUUCUUAGAAAACAUUGCAGUUUGGACCAGCCACAUCUCCAGUGCUCAACAACCACACGUGACAGCCGGCUACCAUAUUGGACAACAAGGAUUUAGACUCUUUGUUUAAGAGGCUGAGUCGGACCCCAUCCCCCGGACCCCCUCCCCCAUACAUCACUCAUAUCUCCCAGCUGACAGUGGCCAGAGGUUGGUCUUAGCUGAGAGUAGAAAGCACAGAGGGGGCAGCUGGGUGCUAUCCUGGCCCCUGAAAUUGCUCCUCACCUGCUUAGUUGGAGGAGAGGACCAUGAUUGUCAAAUACAUGUCACGUCUGUCCCACAGGGUGACAGCACUGCCCCUGGGCGUGGUGCAGGUGACUUAUUGAAGUUCGAGACUCCAGAGCCGGUCAAUUUCUUCAGCUAUGGGAGUAUCAAUUUAUCCCUUAUGCCCAAGUCCUGUAUCUGACAGUGGAGAGGGAGGCCAGCCAGGCCCCCUUGUUCAUGUCAAAAAUAAUGAUUGCAUUUUGUCAUCUAGUCCCAGUCACCUGCUAAUAACAUCUCACCAAUAUUGGGAGGCGUUUUUUUUCAAUCCCUUGAUUUCCUUACAUUUGUAUCUUAGAGGCAAGUGCUAAAAGGAGAUAUGCUGGAGAGAGCAGUGACCACAGGCGAGUCUGGGUUUUCUGGGAGGUCGUGGUAACAGAUUCUGUCCCUUGCACUGGGACUCAGCCCACCAUUGCCUAUCUGUCCUCGCUGACUAGAGACCUUCCUUAGAUGUGAAGAAACCUCUUUUCUUUGGGGGUGGGGAUGUAUGGGGAAGAAGACAGGUUGCAAGAUCUUAGCACAGAGAACAGAAUAAAAUGCAAGCAAGCAACCCCUGGGCAUUCUCAAAACAUUUCAAAGAGCCGGUAUGACAAGAUAUAACUCACUUAAAAUAGAACAUUCUGAGCCCUAUGUGACCAAGCAAAAGAAUAUGAGCCGAUUCGGUGAGUAUGUUUUAUACAUGUGGUCAUUAGACAGGGACCAUAGCUGACAAAACUCUUGAACACCUGGAGUGUUUAUGGUCCAUCAGAUUAUUGCUUGGUUAAUAUAAAUUUAUAUGAAUUUACCUUUAAUUUGCAUAGAGCUUUCUGAUUGGUUAGACAAGGAGUGGUGUGUAUUGCAGGAUUCCAACACCGCCUCUGCCCUGGGAGGUAGCAAUUCCUGUGGUUAUUGGUGCUAAAAUAAGAUUAAAUAUUAUGUUAACUCGUUCUGAUACGAUGUGAAUAAAUGUGUUGUUUAAUCUUAACAAGAAUGCUACAUCUUAUCAGAUCUAUUGUACUGUCUGUUCCUUCUCAUAAUUAAUUAAUUACAGGAAAGGUGAUCCAAACCAGAUCUUGAAACUAUUUGUGCUAUUCAGAGAGGUGAAUUUAACAGGGAAGUGGGAGGGGGGAAUGAAAAGGGAAAUUGCCAGGUUCCUGUGGUUUUCCAAGGACUGAGGAAGCAGACAGCACUUGGGGACUUAACUGACACCGACCGCAUCUUGCAAUUUUCUUUUUCAAAUUGGCAGAAAUAUUGUCUUUCCAUCGGUUGAAGAAAAAAAAAGUGUCUGGUAAUAAUUAAAUGACUUGUUCAUGGAAAAAAUAAAAAUAAAUAAUCUGUCAGUUGUGGAAUGUAAACUGAUUAAACAAUUAAAUAAAGAAGAUCAUGUUGUGUGUUUUAA